AUGUGGUAUACCACCGACGAAUUUUACAACCUCAUAACCUUAUUGCAGUCAAGUAUCGCAGUUACCGGCUCCAUUGCCCUGGGCAUUGGUUUGCUGCGUUCGGGUGCACGUUUUGUUGAUAUGAUGAAUUGCUUUCUUCAGUUAUUUCAGCGAACUGGCCGCCUAACACCAAAUUCCAGUAUAAUGGGUCAACAACAAUUUGUAUUCCUUCUGAUGAUAAGCAUUUUUAAUAUCAAUGAAGCAGCAGCCUUAACCGUGCUUAUGGACUAUACAGACUGGAGGGAGUUUGCUUUGGCUUCAGCAAAAAUCUAUAUGGAAUCUGGCCUAACUAUUAGCCUGUAUAUAGUCAUCGUCGGAUAUAUGAGCAUUGGCGCACUCUUCACAUCCAUGAACAGAUAUAUGCGUGAAGAGUUUCAACCGAGAGCCAAAUGUCUGGACUAUGUUUUAAGGCGAAAAUUUAAUUAUCGCUCACAACAUUAUAGGCGCAAGCUCAUUCGUAUGACUAGAGAGCUAAAUGAGUGUCUAAGCAUUUACAAUGACAUUUAUCAAGCAGCUGAUAGUUUUCAUUAUAAUUUUCGCUUUCAUAUAUUCUUUGCUCUCUUAUAUGGCUUCAGUGCUCUUGCUAUAAUAAUGUACAGUGUCCUAUAUACGCAAGCUGUUACUGAAACCUUCGAAUUGACAGGAUGGCUCUAUUGCGUUAAGAUAUUCCUGGAAGAGCUAAUAAUAAUUUUAUCUGCAUACUCGGCGGUUCAGAGCGGCAUUGCUGCCAACAAAUUGAGUUUGGACAGCGUGUAUAUGGGUGGCAAUAAGGAAUGGAAUCGAAGUGUGGAAAUAUUCAUCAAUCGUAUUAAUUUGUACGAAUUCAAGCCGAAUAUUUUUGGUUUAUUUGACGUUUCAAGCGAUAUUUUGCUGAUGUUCAUAUCUGGUUCCGUAACAUAUUUAACCUACAUCCUGCAAAAUACCAUGCUAAGCCAACAGUAAAUUUGGUCCGAAAUAAUACAGCGAUACGGACAAUAA